AUGCACCGCGUUUUCGGACGGGGCCAAGCGAAGGCUCCUGCACCAACUCUCACAGAUGCUGCAGCUAACGUUUGAUCUUCCUUUCUUGGAACCUUCUUUAGAUUGAUAACAGAAUUGCUACCCUCGACAAAAAAAUCGACAUGAUGCGUCAAGAAAUUGGAAAAUACCAGCAGCAAAUGAAGAACAUGAGAGAGGGACCAGCAAAAGAAUCUGUAAAGCGUAAAGCCAUCGGCGUUCUUCGCCAAGUCAAGCAGUUAGAAAAGCAAAGAGAAUGCUUGUCUUCACAGAGCUUUAAUAUGGACCAGGCUGGCUAUGCCAUCCAGAGCGUCAAGGACACCCAUGUCACUGUAAAUGCCAUGAAAACUGGCCUUAAGGAAUUCAAAAAGGAGACCAAAAAGCUCGAUAUUAACAAAAUUGAGGUAAUUUUUCCUUAUUUUCGUCGUAGUCUUCUGCCUCAUAUCCUCGUAAUGAUGACAUCGUACUAUCUGAGUGACAGUGUGAACAUCCUAAUUACAUAGCACAACAGCCAUAUACAUCGCAAUUUUCGUUAGCCGUACCUCGUUAACUUGGCUUUAGCUAGUUUUCACUACCAUCUGGGUCAUUCCCUGCUUGCCCUCUGAACCUUAUCCUCCACCACUAUGAUAGAAUCGACGGAGUUGCCCACGCGAAUCGUUAGGUUUAUUUUGAUAAUGACAAUAGUCUGGACUGUUUGCAAUAGGAUGAUGUCUGGUUUAAUACUCUUUGUAAUCUUUUAUUUUUGGUAAAGUUGUACUGCCAUUUUAUUAUCAGGAUUUGCAGGAUGACCUGACCGACAUGAUGGAACUGCAUGACGAGUUUGGGGAAGUGCUCGGCCGGUCAGUUGUCCCUCUUGACUACAAUGAAGAAGAUCUUGAUGCAGAGUUGGCAGCACUCGGCGAGGACUACGAUGCCAGCCGCGAUAGUGCCUAUUUGGACGAAGCCCUCAAUGCUCCUGGUGUACCCAGUGCUGCUGUUGGUGGUCAGAGUGUCGUGCCGAGUGCGCCUGCUGCGACUACUUCCGUAAGUGCAGGCAGACACAGCUUGGUCCUUUUGCUAAGGUGUUAGCUUAGGACUUGCGCUUGCCUUAUGAUCUAAUAAGAAUUAACUAAUCAUUCGGUAUCUGGCCCGUACGACUUGGUUUUCCGUUUAACGGCAACUUAAGAUGUCUCCAUAACUUUAAUCUUUGCAUACUUGGGGCAGGAGGUAGCAUAGUCACGCUCGACGCCUAGCUUGGUAUUUCCAUGGACAGUUAUAGAUACUAAUGCCUUUUCCAUUAAGCGUAAUGACUAUGCGGGCUGGAUGUUAAGUUAUAUUUUCAUGGCUCGAGUCUUGCCUGUUUGGACGGACGUCCGGAUAACAGUAGUCACCACGGAAGCUGUGAACGUUGUGCGGUUACCUUACGCGAGGUAACGCUCUCUAACUCUCGAAAGCUGUAUAGAAGAGGUCCUGUCCUGAAGACUUAUUUGAGACCGUUUAACAAUUUCAGCAAAAUUGUGGUUUUCCUAAAAACAGCCGCAUCCUUACUCUCUGGGUUUCAUGUUAAUUCUCAUAUUCCGACAAUUUGGGUGCACAUAUUUAGUCGGAGUAUCGCUUGUUGCCUUAUUCUCAUCGGCGUGAGCUAGAAUUACUCGGGCGGGUUCUUCCCUGACUUCUAACCCAUCCUUUUCAAUUGUUGUUUGCACUCCAAUGUAUCCUAACGCACUGAAUUCGUUUUGUGUACCCUUCUUAAAGAACUUUUUUUGACUCGAAACGCAAAUUCGUGAACUGUGUGCUCUCUCAUUGCAUUUUGAACGUAAGCGUGGUUGUUACCUGCAUUUAUUUUUCAACUGAAACUUUAAAUUACAGAAUAACUGUCAAACAAAAAUAGCAACCUCCACAGUAACGGUCAGGUUGGUCCAGGAGAGCUCUUCAUCCAAGCGUUAAAAGUAACAGUAGCAUUAUAAUGACCCCAAUACUCCACCUCCAAGGAGCGCAUCCUCAAGCGGAGCGUGUCGGAAAGCACAUUGUCGGUAGAUGGUGGAUCACAAUUGUAUUUGUACCCGGGCGUCGAAGCGUCUUGAAUACUGGACGUCAACUAGGGAAGACAUAUGCCGCAGAGUUGAAAGGAUUGAAAGCUGCUCCCUCCCUGUGGUGAAGUGGGAGUGACGCCUCCACUGCACCUUUUUACCCACGAGGGCAGACAGUCUAUAAGAUCCAGUAAGGUCUGCUGGCUGAAGAACGUCCGACAUCAUGAAGUUUUACUCUCGAGUCCGGCAUGGCGCGUCAUGCGGGACGCCUGAGGACAAAGCAAAUAUAGCAAGGACGGAUUGGAUUUACAUUGUAAUUUUUUGGAUGUUUUCAGUUGCAGGGGUAACUCUCGCGGAAACGCCUGGCUCGCCCUAGCAUCUUUUACAAGGUACUCUGGUGAUUAGGUUUCGGUCCGAGCCAGUUGUUUUGACUGACGACCCUCAGAGACCGUUUUCGCCUACAUGAAUAGGAGUGGUAGAAUCCUUGAGGAGGUCACCGUGACAAAUUCUCACAAGUCGCCUCUCUCUCCACUCAACGCAAUAAUGCUGACCAAAAUGCAACUCAUUAGGCAGAGAUGUCCUGUAGAACAUCGACCAAGGUUUCGCUUUGCAAUUUUGUUACCCUCUUCCAUAAUAUCAGGGCUGCACGUUGGUAUGCACCCGACUGUUGUCUGACAUGCGUUGCGAAAACCUUUCUGAAUGUUAUAAGCAUAUCGGGUUGGCGCGCACGCAACAGUAGCUGUGGUGCUCACGACGAAACAGCUAGGUCAAAUAAGUGUAAUCCCCGCGUAUAGGCAAAAUUUUAGCCUAGGUGGUCGGAACAUGGUGUCGCCCAACGUUGUCAUCAGUACCUCUGUUGUCGCAUUCGAAGCUUUUCUCCGCAUCUGGCACCCUAGGGCCGCAUGAGCCUCAACCUGGCAAACAAAGUCCCAAUCGUACUGUGCCAGAACUCGCAUAGUUAAUUUCGAAUCUGCCGACGAGGGUUACACGCGGAGGGACUUUCCUAAGGCUCAAUCGGCGAUCAUCUUUUACCUCGGCACAGCGCGUCUGUACAGACCUCAGAUGUUGACGCCAUAUGUUGCUUUGCUUCUAGAACCCUCUCAUUUCUAUUAGCCUUGUUGUUGUGAUGUCAGAAGUAACCUUCUUCACUGUACUUCCACGCCGCCUUGUCUCACUUGCGUGGGCAUUAUUAACAGUCUGAGUCAGUUUCUAAGCCUGGUUUGGACUGUGUCAUUGCGUCCUCCUAAUUAUCGUAACCGCAGAUCGUGUCCGCUGUAUUUUCCCUGAGAAGCCAGUCUACGUAGUCCAAUCUUGUGACUUGUUCCACGCGAGUCCAUCUGGUCCUGACGCAGCAGUUUCUAUUUCUGCAAGAAUGGCGUCACAGGCAACCGUAGCGUACCCCAUACUGAAGCCUAACAUAAGUGUAAAGACAAUUCUCCAAGGCCUCUGGCAUUUUAUACGCAUAAGUUGAUGUCGCAUAUCCAGAUAAUGCAACAACUAGGAUCGCGUGUAAGCAGUUGUGUCGACCAGCUUAUUUAGCCUUGCGAAGAAGGAGACACGAUCGUUGGAACAAGAGCUUUAUUAGCCUUUAGUUAGCCUUGGUAAAGGCCUUAGACUGGAUAUGCCUGUCACUUCGGUGGUUAUAUAGCUUUAUUUCCAUGCGCAGUAUUGUGAUAUUUGUCGCACAUCAAAACCAGCCAAGAACCUAGUAGAGCGUUGUGGUGUCCGCACUUCAACCAUCUCCGUUUCGGACAGCUAAUUAGUCGAACUUCUAGCAUACUUAAGUUUGAUUUUUUUCCAUUGCCCUGUUUGGAUUGAUUUCCUCCUGCCAAGAGGUUGGGCAUUACAGUUAAUAUUUGCUUUUUUUCCUUUGAUAACGGUGGCAGCGAGAUAUACUGAAAAACCACGAAUAGAUUGCUGAUUCUUCCUGGUUGAGUAACAGCCCCUUAUGUCUCUUAUUUGGUCCCUACAAUCUACUGUGCCGCAAAUGUGCCAGACAGGAACUGAGUCUGACUGGCUCACGGUGCACGUUUAUUUGGCUGUGCUAAGUCAGUGGGAGCCCGCAAAUACCGCGAUACAUGACUUUGGCACGCCCCAGACGUAGGUCUUCGCGCCUUGUUAUCCACUGCGCCCAAACCCAUCUCCGGCUGGUUUGCUGGCUCGGACAGCCGACCGAUGCGUUGGAGAGGACAGGGAGCUUGAUGUGCAAAUUGGGGAAUCUGUCCCCACAGUACGUUAAUCCAGCCCUCGCUACAAUAAACCUGACGCGCCAAACUCUAUCACGAAGCGCUAAUAGCCCUGGUUUGGGUUGUUGCCAACUGACGGGAGAACUCGGUCCUCAUAGUGAGCAACCAGAAGACAGAGUCGGACUGCAUUGGCUCCUCAAAAGACCUUUAUGAAACCCUCACGCACACGAGAUCCUAGUCGCCCUUACAGCAGUCUGACGCAUGUGGUGGAAGCUAGGUCGUAUGUAGCACACAAAGACUGACUGUUUAGCUUCGUCAGUCAUUGCGCCUGCGCCCACCUCCGGCCGCCUUGACAUUGUCUCGCCAUCGCAACAAGGUGGGUGAGGGGGUGCGUUCGAUAGGUGCUGUGCAAGCCCGCCCCAUCUCUAACUAAUUCACGCGCAAACCACCUGUUCUGCGCCUAGUCAGUGUGACACCCGAUGAACGUCGUCGCCAACGGUGGCUUAGUAAACCACUCAUGCCGUCAGAAUGACCUCUGGGGUUGCCUAGUUGGCCAAUUAUGAGAAUUCUACCGUAUUAAUCAGUCAUGUUGUGUUUACGCCUCUGUGGUCGGCUUUUGCCCAUUGCAUCUCCUCGGAGAUAAUUUCGAAGGUUCAAAUUAAGUAGCAUAAUUGUCAUAGGAAGGCCAGAGUUGUUUCGAUGUCCGGUAUGGGGUUUUAAACCUAUAGAAUUUUUUUUAUUUGUUGUCCAUAGUUUACUUAAUCGUUGUCAGAGGCCAAUAAUGACACCCGGUUCUGGGAAGUAGAUUGUCUGUUUAUUGUGACCCCCUACAAUGGGUGAUGUCUCUUGAAUUUAUAACCGUAAUUCUGGAGUGAGUUUCCGACUAUGAAGAAUUACUUCGUUUCUGUUGUGACAUUGAUUAUCAUGUAGUACAGUCCCGAAAUGUGUCGGUCACGUCUUAAUGUCAGCUCAUUAAUGUGCUUUUUUUCUGACCGUCUACGAAAUCCAUUGACUAACAAAUGGCUACCUAACUGUCAUGACCUUUUUUCAUUGAUUUUCGAUGCUCUCAUAAAUUUAAAUGCAUAAAACUAUCUUCCUGUAUUCAUUUGACAGAAAAUCACGUCUUUUUCGAAUGUUAUACUCAAAGAAAGUUUAGCUUUAACUUUAAAAAUAACAAUUAUGUGACUUCUCGCUACCGUGCAAUGUUCAUUCAAAUAGUGUUUUAUCUGUCCGCUGAUUAAUGCUCCUCGUGAAGUAUAAAACAUGGUCGAUAUCCAUUGCAAAAACGUUGUGAGCCCUAUGUGGUAUUUUCUUAAUAGCGUAGCGGAACGUAUGGUCUCCCUCACCUGGAAAGUGUGCAGCCCGUAUUUUAGGAACCCUGAAUGCAAAUCCAAUUACAGACCGGGCUCAAAAUUAUUCGGGAAUUGAAAAGCUCUUUAAAGCCGAAAGCUACACCUUGGGAUACGAAAUUGGAAGAAGACGUGAUUUGCUACCAAACGAUUACAAGAGAGGAUAUUCCGUAUGUUUUUCUACGAGAUAUGUUUGAAUUCGUAAGUGUCGAAAAUCAAUAGAAAGAAAUCGUACCACUUACGCAAGCAACUGCAAAAAAGUGCACCCAAAAGCCGGCAGGCUGGCGCGAUUGACUUCUCUUGGAAUUACGUCACAUCCUGAGCAAUAUUGUACCCCUACCUACAUAAUCAUUCCUCAUCAAAAACGCAUUCCAGGAUUUCGGCUAACACUUGUGAUACUCCGCCUUCUGUAGUCCUUAGGCCAAUAACUUUGACGGAGUUUUAGCCUGACGGUGAGCAGCGACUUGCACAGGCGCAUUGAUUUAUGAAGCCUCUCAGAAUUUAAAAAGCCUUAAUCAGAUGGGUUGAAGACGAGAACAGCUGUCUUUUUGAGGGCUGCAUAACACUUAACAAUGACAGUUUCAGGCCGGACCAGGUAAAAGUUCACGAUAAAUUUUGUUUAUCCUUUCCUACUUUGUUUCUCGCUAUUUCACUGGUGUUGCCAGUAAAGCUUCGUCGUGCUACCAAGUACAGGCCCUUUGAUGAGGGCUCAGAUUCCAGCGAACAUUCAGCACUGUUAGGAAACGUAGGCAAGCUGCCUUUAUUUGCUCUUCGUUCCAAAAGUUACCCUCGUCCAAGAACGAGCACGCGUCACUCUUGACUAUGGGCAUACAUUGCCCAAAGGUACCGGCAGGUUUACGUCAUUCCAAUGUUUUACAACACGUUCGGGCCUGUUUGCCACGACAACGUGUCUUGUGUACCUGCUAGCCUGUCUAAUCCUGUUUUCUUCUCCCCCUUCCCUCCAUAGGGCGGCGUCGCUCUGGACGAGUUCGGCCUGCCACAGAUUCCCCAGCAGUGA